AAACCCCCCACCAAACAGCUCGUAUUUGACCGUCCUCGCCGUCGUCGACGAUGUCCGCAAGCCUUGUCCUUCGUUCAAACGUCUCCAGGGCCAUCGCCCGUCGCGCCGCUUUGCCCUCUGUAUCCCAGGUUCGAUAUGCGAGCCAGGAUCCCAACGCCUAUGUGCCAGGAGGACCGGUGCUCCGAGGAACGGUCAACGACGCUACCACCUUCCCUCCACCAUCAAGAGCCGCUGGAUCCUACCACUGGGCCUUUGAGAAGAUCCUCUCUGCCGCUCUCGUCCCCAUGACCGCUGCUGCAUUCGUGACAGGCGGAACCCAACACCCCGUCCUCGACGGUAUCCUCGGCCUCAGCUUGAUUGUCCACAGUCACUUCGGAUUUGACCAAAUCCUCAUCGACUACGUGCACAAGCGAAAAUACCCCACUAUCGCUCCUAUUGCUACUUGGUCGGUCCGUGCAGCAACCGUCGCAGCGGCAGUUGGUGUCUUCCAAUUCAACACCAACGAUAUCGGUCUCACCGAGUUGAUUGCCAAGGUCUGGACGGCAUAGAGGGUGACUAUACGCGGAUGGAGCAAGUGCGAGCAAUUCACAAGCGUCUCUACAAUGACAUGUCUACAUAUCUCUUAGUGUCCUUGAAAGGCUAAUUAUAAUCUUCUUAAACUCAAA